UAAAUAGAUACUGUUUUAUUAUUAACCAAAAUGGACAAAGUCUGUAUUCAGAUUCCUGGGUUCCUGCUUGUUGAUUUAAUGAUAAAAGCAAAAGCCGAGCUCUCAGUGAAUCUGCAGCACUAAUGCAGCGGCGCCGCUGGGUCCAGUUAUUCAGGAUGAGGCUGAGCGUCACUGUGCUGGGGGUAUUAGUGCUGCUGAGCGUCAGCCUGGCUCUCGAGGACAGCUGCCUGGGGGGUCCACAUCACAAAAACGCCCCAGGCCCCGAGAGGAACGUGAUGGAGUGUUUCACAUACUCCAACUCUUCCUGCUGUCAUGCCAACUUCACGGAAAAGCUUGUCUCCCCGGUGACGAAGGUGGACAAUACCAGUUGGAUUACCUGUGGAAAUCUUAGCGAUCGCUGUGAGGCAUUCAUGAAAAAGAUUGAAUGCUUCUAUCAGUGCUCUCCACACGCAGCCCAUUGGGUGAACAAGGACUAUCCUGCAGGCUUCCGGAAUGUGCCAGUUUGUGUGAGCUUCUGUGAUGCCUGGUUUGAAGCCUGCAAGGACGACCUGACCUGUGCUAAAAACUGGCUCACAGAUUUCAAAUGGGAUAUUGAUGGCAACCACUGUCAGCAUGACUGUGUGCCAUUCAGCAAAAUGUACAGCAACGGGACAGACCUGUGCAACUCCAUGUGGGGCCCAUCGUUCACAGCAAGUUCAUCAGAUUGUGCCUGCCUGCAGAUGGAUGCCCGGGACAGUGUGGCUGUGCCUCAUAUGCUACACUCAGAUUCCGAGUCUAGCAGCUCUGCAGCCAGCCAGAAGGCCUGCCAAUAUGUACCGCUGAGUAAUGAAAAAACUUCAGGGAAGAAAGAGCAAUGAUUGUUUGUGUGCAGUAAGAGCAAUGAGCAAUCUACUUACUGCACACAAACAACCACCUAUGCUUUCAAUGCACUGACCAUCAAGCAAAAUAAUCUGCUUCAACGUGUCUCAACAGACAUACAUAGACCUGUGUAGGUUUUUAAAAUAAAUGUAUACAAUCAAAGAUUUUCUCUUUAAACAGAUGUAUUCAUGAAUAAAUUUAUAGUCAUAAAAUGUAUUAAUUUCCACAA